CUGACCUGAAACUGAAAUGACAAACACCAAGCACAGACUCUGUGGAGGAACUGAACGGCCGUGUGCUGAGCUCGUAGCAGGAACAUCUGUGCAGAAGCCCAUUCAGCUGGGUUAAUGAUGGGCGUGAAUAAUCACCGUGACCUCUGCUCCCUGGAGGAGGUUUCCUGAGGCACAUCCUCAGUACAGCCCAGGUCUGAAGAAAGUGGCUCUGACGCUCAGACGCAGAUCCAACAGACGAACAUCACUUCCAGUUUAGGCCGGUGAGGAACCACUUCACAUAGUAGGACAUGAUCCUGCUCUUUACAUAAACUUUACACAAAGAAAUAUAGAUUGGAAAACUACAGUAUUACACAAAAAAUGUAUUUAAUUAACACUGCGCAUGUGUAUUUUGUGAGGAGGAAACUUGUUGAGCAACACUGUUUGCUUUCUCAAACAUUAAAGGACCUGCCCUUAACAGACACACACGUUUAACUAGGCUGCAUGCACAGUUACACACACUGAGGACAAAUAGACACACACACACACAUACACUGUAGAUCUAACCUCUAAGACAGAAAACGCACACAACGUUUAACCACCGGCGCCACACACGAUGUAGGAGGACAGGAGAGCGGAUGUGUUUCAGCUGAUAGAACAUCAUGUCCAUCACUGUGACUCUGAGGAGAAUCUCCAACCUGCCGGGACGAUCCGACAGGAAGGUGGAACUCAACUUCAGAGGUUUCACGCACAAAACCCGAGUUUUGCAGUGUGAGAACUUGGCCAUUUUCAACGAGCAUUUCCGCUGGCCUCACUAUGGUAAAGUCAUCAAAGAUGAGGUUUUGUCCGUCAGCGUUUACAACUGCAGUAAAGUUUUCUCCAACAGACUCCUCGGGAGGUUAGUGGUCAGUCUGCAGCAUGUUGUUACUACGGGGAGGCUGUCGCUACGGGAGACGCUCACUGAUGCCAACAACAGCCUCACUGAUAUCUACGUAGAGUUGGAUAUUCAGUACCACCCUGUGGAGGGAACAGCGGGGAGUUGGGAGGGACUCGACUUCCUGAGGGCUGAAGAAGACAAUGAAUCAGCUCUGGUCAUCAGGAACACAGGAUUCGAUGACCCAGAAAGCCAGCCGACUAUCUCUCGCCCGAAUCAGAUGGAUCGAGAAGCUCGGCGUCUGGGGCGGAGCCUUGUCCGGACAGGGGACGGCGAUGAAGACGACGACGACGAUGAUGAUGAUUUCGACGAUGACAUGAUGGAUAUGGAGACUUUAAACAUCAUCCAAACUUCUCUGCUGAGUCGCUGCAGGCCCGUCUUCAGAAGUGCUGUUGCAGGGAUGCCAAAAGUCCAGAGUUUCCAGGUGAUUGUGAACAUCCUGGAGGCUCAGAAGCUGGUAGGCGUAAACAUUAACCCCGCGGUUUUCAUCAGAGUUGGCGACCAGAAGAAACACACGGCGACUCAGAAAUCCACCAACUGUCCCUACUACAACGAGAACUUCCAGUUUGAGUUCCAGGAAGCUCCACAGAUCCUGUAUGAUAAAGUUAUAGAGAUAAAGGUGGUGCACAGGCGGACGCUGGCCUUCCUGAUGACCCACAUUGGGAGCUUUAAGAUUGACAUCUCCACUGUGUACAACCAGCCAGACCACCGCUUCUACCAGAAGUGGGCCCCGCUCACCGACCCGGCGGACACCAGGUCAGGGAUCAAAGGUUACGUCAAGGCCAGCCUCAGUGUGAUGAUGAAGGGAGACGCUCUGAGCAUGCCCAGUCUGGCCGCCAGCUCCUCGGCGGGAGCCAGUGACGACAUUGAAAAGAACCUGCUGCUUCCUCGUGGAAUGGCCCCUGAGCGGCCAUGGGCUCGCUUCCGUGUACGAAUUUACAGGGCAGAGGGUCUGCCCACCAUGGACUCAGGACUAAUGGCCAAGAUGUCAAAGGUCACUGACCGGACGAUCUUCAUUGACCCCUAUGUUCAAGUGACCUUCGCUGGUCAACAGGGGGAGACGUCAGUCGCCAGCGCCACCAACUGUCCCGUCUGGAACGAGGAAAUCUCCUUCAUCGAGCAGUUUCCUCCUCUGGCUCAACGGAUCAGAGUCCAGGUUCUGGACGAUGCUAAAAUGGGAGACAUUGCUCUGGCCACGCACUUCCUGGACCUGCAGCAGAUUUCGGACCCCACCAGGAACGGCUUUAACCCAACAUUUGGCCCUGGCUGGAUCAACCUGUACGGGUCGCCCCAGAACUCCACCCUUGGAGAUGUCCACCAGGCUUUGAAUCAAGGUCUGGGUGAAGGGAUAUUUUAUCGUGGGCGCGUCCUCCUCGGCCUCUCUGUGGAGGUGUAUUCUUCCUCUGCUGUUGCUGGAGAGGCAGGCUCCGCCGCCUUGGGGAAGAUGAAAGGAGCAUUGGGCAAGCUGGGACUGAAGAGGAAGAAGAGCAGCAAGCCGAAGGAUAAGGAAGCGUCGCAUGGUGGCAGCAGAGCCGAUGAUGAUUCAGGUGAUGCCGGAGCUGAAGUCCCGGAGGCUGUGACAGUGGAGGUGGAGGAGGUCCAUCCACUCCCAGACGGCUUCCUGGGAGAGAGGGAUGAGUUUCUGCUGUUUGCGUCUUUGUUUGAAGUUACUAUGAUGGACCCGUCCGUUGGAAUCAGACCAGUGACCUUCGAACUCUCUAUAGGGAAUUAUGGGAAGGCAGUGCAUAUUGGGAGACCCAAGAAGAGCCAGACCAAAGAGGAGCUUAGGAGAAGCAGGGACGAGCUGAGGAGGAGCAGGGAAGAUCUGACUGAGGAGCUGCAGGGUUUGCUGGAGUCGGAGGAUGAGCUGGACAGAGAGGACGUGCUCAAUCCUGAACCCGAGAACAGAUCUGUGUCUGCAGCUAUGAGGCCCCGGCCCACUGAAUAUGACAGGUCGUACCAGUGUGUUCACCUGCAGGCGCCGUCCGUGAAGCACAAACCGUGUCUGUACGUCUGGAGCCAGUUCGAAGACCACAGCUUCCGUCUCUGUCAGGCGAACUGGCUGAACAAGAUGGCCGACAGGCUGGAGCUUGGUCUCGAUGAGGUGGAGCGUCUCUUGAGGAGGCCGAGGAGUAAUGCAAAGGAGCGUUUUGUGGAGGUGCUGCUGGAGCUGGUGGCCUCCUGCAAACAGUUCAGUGCUUUCUCGGACAGACGGUCUCAGUCUCGGCCCAACACCCUGGACAAAUGCAGGAAAAACUACAUCAAGAAGCAUCUGAUCAUGGUGGCCAGACAGGCGGUGAGGGCCAGGCGGAGGUUCACCAGGCGCACGUCCAAGCAGAGACUGGCGGACGGCAGGAAGAUCCUGAAGAAGCUCCGCCUGCUGGCGAAGGAGCCCCAGACUACCAUCCCAGAUGUGUUUCUAUGGUUACUGAGUGGAAGCAAGCGACUGGCAUAUGUCAGGAUCCCCGCAUACUCCAUCUUUUUCUCACUGGUAGAAGAGCAGAGGGGUCGCGACUGUGGCCGCCUUACCACCCUCUACAUGAAGUCUCCUGGAGGUUCAGCAAGUGAGAUCUUUGUAAAGCUGGAGGUCUACCUGUGGCUCGGUCUGGGCAAGUACAGCAAAGAAGCCAUUAACUGCUUACCGGAGGACUUCAUGCCGGUCUAUGAGGAGGAGGAGGAAGAGCAAAGGAGGCUGGUCCCCGCCGGGAGGAUGAAGCUUCCUGUCAGUCUGUCCUGCCAGGACAGCAGAUACUUCCAGCUACGAUGUCACCUGUACCAGGGGCGUGGCCUGUUGGCUGCCGAUGACGACGGCCUGUCAGAUCCCUUUGCCAAGGUCAUCUUCUCCACACAGUGUCAGGUCACCAAGGUGGUGCCUGACACGCUGUCUCCAGCCUGGUGUCAGUGUCUCCUCUUCGACACCGUCCUGUUGGAGGGAUCCAGAGAGGAGCUCCAACGGGAUCCGCCUCUCAUCAUCAUCAAUAUCUUCGACUAUGACUCAGUGGGCAGUCCGAAGCCUCUAGGUCGAGCGUUUGCUGAACCAGAGAUUAAACCCGUGGAGCAGUUCUACCAGAAGCCCCAGCUGCGCUUCUUUGACAUCAGCAUGGGCAGGGCCCCUGCUGGGGAGCUGCUGGCCGCCUUCGAGCUCAUUGAACUGGACUACUCCAGGUUUGGAGAGCCGCGUCUUCCCUUGAGUGUGGAACCUCAGGAGCUGAUGCAUGAGGAAGAGCAGACGACCUUCAUCAUUCCAGAGGGAGUCCGUCCUGUUCUCAAGACCUUCAGGAUAGAGGUCCUGUUCUGGGGUCUGCGGGACCUGAAGCGGGUCCAGCUGUUUGAGGUGGAGCGGCCCAAGGUGAAGGUGGAGUGUGCCGGACGACAGCUGGAGUCUGAAGAGAUCGAGAGCUACAAGGCUCACGCCAACUUCAAAGAAGUGGCCCGCUACAUCGACGUGGAGCUGCCGGAGCAGGCCUACCUCCACCCGCCCCUGACGCUGUUCGUGGUGGAGCAGCGAGCGUUCGGGCGCCUCGCUCUGGUUGGGUCUCACACGGUCCAGAGCCUAAUGGAUUACACCUCACGAGACCAGGGAGCGGAGCAGGAGGAAGACGAGGACGCGCCUAAACUGAAAGUGAAGCGUAAAUCUGUGAACGUCAACGCUCUGAUGUCAGUAAGCGGCAUGGGACUGAGCGGCCUGCCAGUCAAACAGUCCAAGAUUCAAUCCAUCAACCCCUUGAAGCUGGUUAAUGCUCCUCUGAACAAGCUUAAGCCAAAGAAGGAGGAGCUGGAGGAGGAGCUUCCGGAGAAGGAGGAGUUGGACUGGUGGUCCAAAUACUACGCUUCACUGGAGGAGCUGGAGAAACAGGCUGCUGAGGAGGAGGAAAUGGAGGAGCAAGCAGAGACAGAUGGUGCCAAUCUCACUAUGGCGAACAUCGAGGAGGAGGAGGAGGAGUUGGUGGUGGAGAUGGAGCCGCCGAAACGCAAGAAGAUCGCAACGCUGAAGCUGUAUACGGGGGAUCUGGAGUCAGAGUUCAGUCAGUUCCAGGACUGGCUCCACAUCUUUCCUCUGUACAAGGGCAGAUCCAGCCCUGAUGACGAGGAGGAGGAUGAGGAGGAGAGGCUGAUGGGAAAGUACAAGGGCUCCUUUCUAGUUUAUCCCAUCGAUUCAGGAGAUGAAGAAGAUCCCACGUGCCAGAUCACAAAUGGAAUCCCUAAAAACUCACCCAUCAAAGUCUUGGUCCGAGUCUACAUCGUCAAGGCCUCCAGCCUGGCCCCCACAGAUCCAAACGGUAAAGCAGAUCCGUACCUGGUUGUCCGCGUUGGACAGCAGAGUCUAGACACCAAAGACCGAUACAUCCCCAAACAGCUCAACCCUACGUUUGGAGAGGUGUUUGAACUGACAGUGUCUUUCCCGCUGGAGACAGAACUGGUCAUCACGGUCAUGGACCACGAUCUUGUGGGAGUCGAUGAUGUCAUCGGCGAUACGCGAGUCGACCUGGAGAACCGCUUCUACAGUCGUCACAGAGCCUCCUGUGGUUUGGCUCUUCAAUACGACACUGACGGCUACAACAAGUGGCGCGAUGCGAAGAAGCCGUCCGCCAUCUUAGCAGAGCUCUGCAGGAAGAACGGCAUCUCGUCCCCAGAGUACAGAACGUCUGAGGUCAAGGUGCUCAACCGGAUCUUCAAGAUCCCUCCGGAGGCCGUGCCAGAAGGUCUGCUGAAAAAGAACCAGCGAACUCCUGAGGAGGAGGACGAGAUGGAGGAACACGCGGCGCUCAACGUGCUGCAGCGCUGGCAGGAGAUGAAGGAGUUCCUGCCUGGGGCCCUUCCUCUGGUCUCAGAACACGUGGAGAUCCGGUCCCUGUGGAACCCGGACAAACCGGGUCUACCACAGGGUUACCUUUACAUGUGGGUGGACAUGUUUCCCACCGACGUCCCGCCUCCGCCCCCUGUGAACAUAAAGCCUCGCUCACCGGAACAAUACGAGCUGCGUGUGAUCGUCUGGAACACGGAUGAUGUGUUUCUAGGCGACGUCAACCCGUUCACAGGCAUCCCGUCGUCCGACAUCUAUGUGAAAGGCUGGAUCAAGGGACUGGAGGGAGACAAACAGGAGACCGACGUCCACUUCAACUCUCUGACUGGAGAAGGAAACUUCAACUGGAGAUUUAUUUUCCGCUUCGACUACCUCCCUACUGAGAAAGAGGUGGUGUAUCAGAAGAAGGAGUCCAUUUUCUCUCUGGAGAAGUCAGAGUUUCGGCAGCCGGCUGUUCUGACGCUGCAGGUCUGGGACUACGACCGCAUCGGUGCCAACGACUUCCUGGGCUCCAUCGAGCUGCGUCUCAGCGACAUGGUUCGCGCGGCCAAGUCCUCCAGUAAGUGUACGGUUGAAAUGGCGAAGGACCGCGCCGGACCUCGAUUCUCCAUAUUUCGCGCCAAAAAGAUGAAGGGCUGGUGGCCGCUGGUCCGCCAGAAGACGGCCCAGGACUUUGAGCGGGAGGAGAAGGAAAAGGAGGAGGCCAGGAAAAAGGGGAAGAAGAAGAAGAAGAAGAAGAGCAAGGACAAUAGAAGCAAGAUGAAACUGGAGGACAUCCAGUACACCGACAGCAGCGGAAAUACAUUCAUGCUAAUGGGGAAGGUGGAGGCCGAGCUCCAGCUGGUGGAGUUGGAGCAGGCGGAGGCCAACCCCGUGGGCCGGGCCCGCAAGGAGCCAGAACCCCUGGACAAACCAAAUCGUCCCACAACAAGCUUUACCUGGUUCGUCAACCCCAUGAAGACCUUCAUCUUCCUCAUCUGGAAAAAUUACAAAAAGUACAUCAUCACUCUGGUCAUCCUCGCCAUCCUCACGCUCUUCCUCGUCCUCAUCCUCUACACGAUGCCGCAACAAAUUUCUGCCCUCAUCGUCAAUGGAUGAUGAGUGUUAGGGUUCUGACCAAUAACUCACAAUAGACUGAAACUAUGUUUACACCUUUUUAUUGUAGACUUAUAACAUAUAUUAGACAGUAUAUUUUUCCUACGCUAUUGUUAAAAAUAAUUUACUGUUAAAUAGUUUUAUAUAAAUAAGCAGAUUCAUAAAUUUUAACUUUUAAAAUGAACCUUUUUUAGUUAAUUUUUCAAUUCUAUUUUCCAUUCGUUGCUAUUUUAAUCAACACAUACAAAAGGUUUAAUAAAUAUCAGAGACCUGCAAUAAAGUGUUGCUGCUGUAAUGACUCACUAUUAAAGAU